AAUAGAGCAUAGAUUUUUAUUGUAGAUUAAACUUUAGUCUACGCAACUAGGAAGGAAGAUCCUUGCUAAAAGGCCAACAUGCAAUUCGUUGUAUCAUUCGUUGUUGUACUUAUCUGUACAUUUGCUUCUUCAAUAUAUGGAGAUUUGAGAUCUGAGAUAGACACCGCAUGUGGAAGGCGAAGUUUUACACCAGAUACAAAUGACGCAAUUACAGCAGUUGGUGACGCUCUUGGACUGCCCGUAGUUAAAAAAAGAAAAAAUCAAAAAACGGGUUUAUAUGAUCGCUGUCACACACUUUCCUUCGAGGUUAUUCGAGAGCACGUGUGUGACGAUUAUCCCACCGGCACAUCCUCCUCGGUAGGUGCCUGGAGAAAAUCCAUUGACAAACUAAGCGACGAUUUGCAUACAAUUGACAAUGAAUGGUUUCUUUAUGGCGCAUUAACAGGACACACGGCGGCUUAUCAGAAGUUUGUGGAUGCCAACAAUUUAAACAAGAACGAGGUGCAAAAAAGUUUAGACGAAGUCAUCAAAAAUCAAGGCCAGCCUGAUGAAAUUUUGGCUGGAAAAAUUGGAAAAGUAUUAGAGUAUAUGAAUAGCGCCACGGCUAAUUUGCGUCCUGGCGCCGCUUCCAUUAAUCGUUCAAUCGGGGGUCACUUAGAUCCAUUAUUAAACAAGAAAAAAAUUUCCGGCCAAAUAGUAAGUGAGGGGGAUUUGACCGCACAUUCGAAACAUUUGGGUGAUGAAUACGGCUCCAAUUGGAAAAGGGAUGAGUGGGGAAUUAAAACAUCUGACAGACAAUAACCAUCUAUUCUUGUAUGCAUGUUUAUUUAUUUGUAAACUAUGGAAAAUAUUAGAAGAAGAAAAGUUUGUCCAUUGGU